ACCAAGAGGGGGCAGCAUUGCACUUGGACAGGAAGAAAGGAAUUACCACGCGCAUGUGCAAGUAAAGGUCAUGUUAGUGGUGGUGUUACAUUGACAGUAUCUUGUACUUGCCAAGAUGCUUAAAUCGAUUCAGCUGGGUCGCUUUGCGAUCUGUCCAUUGAUUCAAUAUCGGGGAUACGUGUAUUGCUCUGCAGGAGGCAGAAUCAGUCAAGCCCUGCCUCGGAUCCCAGUGCAUACGCACGCAGGACUCUUCAUGAGACCAACAUUACCAUACGUGCAUAGUGCCCCUCCAAUCUCCCACCACAAGACUGUUGCACACUCUGUUGAUCUGUCCUCGCAAAAAUAUACCUUGAUUUAUACAUUUCCUACCAUUGGAGUUUUACGGGCGCUGUCUAAAUUUAAAGUAAUUCAAACUGGAAUCACUGCGGUCGUACUUCCCCCUAUAUACUACCUUUUCCUCCAAGGAGAUGUUUCCCUCUCCCUUGUGAGCAACAGCACCGCGAUAGCAGUGUUAGUUGCUUUCAUGCUGUACUCCAUCAGUCACUUCGCCAAACGAGUCGUGGGAAGGAUGUACUUGGACUCUUCUGGAGCUACGCUCAAGGUGUCGCACCUAACUUUCUGGGGCCGUCGCAAUGAACUGUACAUGCCGGUGAAUGAUGUCAUGACAAUAAGCGAUGUCAGCAACCCAAACGAGACGAUUUUCUACUUAAAGCGAUAUAGUACCACCGACAAAAUGUAUUUCUCUACCCGCAUAGGACACGUGGUUGAUAAGAGUGGAUUUGAGAAGGUCUUUGGCACUUUGUCUUAAAAAAAAUUGUUUUGUUUUGAUUCUUUUUUAUUAAUUCUUUUUGUUAAUUAUGUAGAUGUGCAAUGUCUAGAAAGUCAAUGACAGAUAAUAUAUGGCAGAAACUGAUACAGUAAGUCUCAUAUAUGUUAUAGACAAUUUUUUACAUGCUUUUCAGAAGCAUUUUCAAACUGACUUCCUUGAUUUAUUAAACAAUAACAGUGAAACUGAAAA